GGAGGAGCCCGGGAGUCGGAUGCACUUUAAGGGGUGCAGGGGGGCCAGGCAGCCAACCCGAUCCCCCCUCCUCCCUUCCCCGGCUCCGGGAGGUGGCAGCUGCUGGGAAAGUCUCGCCCCACUUUGCCCCGGCGCCAUGGAGCUGUCCACACUCCCCGGUGCUGAAGCCGACUCCGGAUUCGUCUUCAACAGCAGCCGCCUGCGCGACUCGCCCUGGGGUCCCUUCCCCAACCAGAGCUUCAACCACACGGGCCCGGCCGGGGCCAAGGACCCCACCUCCAUCAUCAUCGCCAUCGCCAUCACCGCCCUCUACUCGGUGGUGUGCGUGGUGGGGCUGCUGGGGAACGUCCUGGUCAUGUACGGCAUCGUCAGAUACACCAAGAUGAAAACGGCCACCAACAUUUACAUCUUCAACCUGGCCCUCGCCGAUGCCUUGGCGACGAGCACGCUGCCCUUCCAGAGUGCCAAAUACCUGAUGGAGACCUGGCCCUUCGGGGAGCUGCUCUGCAAGGUGGUCCUCUCCAUCGACUACUACAACAUGUUCACCAGCAUCUUCACGCUGACCAUGAUGAGUGUGGAUCGCUACAUUGCCGUCUGCCACCCGGUCAAGGCCCUGGACUUCCGCACCCCAGCCAAAGCUAAGAUCAUCAACGUCUGCAUCUGGGUCCUCUCCUCUGUGAUUGGCGUGCCCAUCAUGGUCAUGGCUGUGACCAAGUCAAAAGAUGAUAUUGUGCUCUGCAUGCUCCAAUUCCCCGAACCCACCAUGUACUGGGACACGGUGACCAAGAUCUGCGUGUUCAUCUUCGCCUUCAUGGUGCCUAUCCUGGUCAUCACCAUCUGCUAUGGGCUCAUGAUCCUUCGCCUCAAGAACGUCCGCCUCCUCUCGGGCUCCAAGGAGAAGGACCGCAAUCUGCGCCGCAUCACCCGCAUGGUACUGGUGGUGGUAGCGGCCUUCAUCAUCUGCUGGACGCCCAUCCACAUUUUCGUCAUCGUCUGGACGCUGGUGGACAUAGACAAGAAGAACCCCUACGUGGUGGCCAGCUUGCACUUCUGCAUCGCCCUGGGUUACACCAACAGCAGCCUCAACCCCGUCCUCUACGCCUUCCUGGACGAGAACUUCAAAAGGUGUUUCCGGGAGUUCUGCCUGCCCUUCCGGUCCCGGAUGGAGCAGAACAGCUUCUCCCGGGCAAGGAACACCACGCGGGAGCGCAUCUCCACCUGCACCCCUUCCGAAGUCCUCAAUAAGCCAGCAUGACUAGACAUGGACAGCCACCAGCGGGGUUCCCGUGGCCGCAGAGGGGAGGAACUGCUCUCGGAGGUGACUCAGGUCACCACCACAGAAUUCUAGUGGAGGUGGCUGGAGGCGAGCAGGCAGGGGUGGGGGACUCUUAAAAAAUAUAUAUA